UGUGUUUUGUUAUGAUGUCAUUAUUUACUGGCGCAGGCGCCUUUGGAAAAACCCGUUUCUUCGUCAAUAUGUAGCAACUGCGCCGCUUGAGAGUGGGCACAGAAAUCGCAACUUUUAACGUCACUAAUGGUUCAUGUAUCCGCCUGACGUCGAAGGGCGGCGUGCGCGCAUUCUCCGCUACACGCGCGAAGGUGGAUUAACGUUGUGACCACGAUUUCAACGCCGAUGACCUUCUUUUUUUGUGUGUGUUGUGGAUACGAUAUUGAGCAAAACAGAACUGAAACCCAUUUGGAGCUUCUGGCCUUCUGUCCUCCGCCUACAGUAGGAAGAUCGGUGCCUUUUGUGAGCUGUGCAUGUUUCUUCCCCACCAGUGAUUCCUUAUGCCCGAUAGAAGCUGCACCCUGUGUCUUACAGAAUGGAUGGUGUGGACUUAAAGAGACUUGUGUAUCAACAUCAGCACUCUGUGGUGUUUUCUCUCUUACCGUUUACAAGCGAACACCUCCCAUCCCGCGCCUCCAAUCUCAGCACUAUAUAUAUAAAGACUGCCUUUGAUUAACUCAAAAGACGACAGGAGAUAAAAGUUCAAAGACUUUGUAUCUCUUUUCCUUUUUAAAGCAUAGAUCAAUACUGCUAAUAUAAGCCUACAUGGCGGACAUGGAAGUCUCAUUAUUUUAAUUUUUCAGUCCGUGUACCCCCUUACGCUUAGUGUGGGUGGUGGGAUGUCGGAAAAACCAGACGACAAAAUGGUGAAGUUCCUGGCUCCCCCUCAGAAGAGUGGAAAUGGCCCCAGUUCUGGUUCAGAUUCAAUGGUGAGUGAGUGCCGGCCGACGGAAGUGAGACGGCGGCAUCACACCAUGGAGCGCGAUCGAUGUACCGCUGAACACCGCUUCUUGCGCCGGAGCGUCAUCAGUGACUCUAAUGCCACGGCAUUGGCCCUCCCUUUACCCAGCAAGAUACCCGUCCCUGCACAUCAGCGGGUUCCACAGCGGGACGCCGUCCCCCAGAAGCAACUGACCACUCCUGCUGCUUGUUUGACCCGGACUGAACUAAGUGUAGCUCAAAAUCAAGAGGCCGCUGAUAAACGAGGAGGGGGGGGCCAUAGGAAAGAGGUAGCCAAGGUGGAUGUAUUGCCUUCAGAGCUGGAGCCUGCCAUUAAAAAAGAUACCUGUGAUGGAGAGGUGACAGCGGCCUUCUCUCCACCAGGCCUAGAAACAGAAUUGCCAAGUCGAACAGAACCUAAGAGCACCACCGAAGUGAAGGUGCAUCACGGGGAGGAGGGGGAGGAAGACGAUAAGGACUCAGCCAAGGCGCGGGCAGAGGCAGAGCAGCGGGAGGCUGAGAAAAAAGUUCAGGACGACAUUGAAGAGGCUGAGACCAAAGCUGUGGGAACGUCACCAGAUGGGCGUUUCCUAAAGUUUGAUAUCGAAAUUGGACGUGGCUCCUUCAAGACGGUCUACAAAGGCCUGGAUACCGAGACCACAGUUGAGGUGGCUUGGUGUGAGCUGCAGGACCGUAAGCUGUCAAAAACCGAGCGGCAGCGCUUUAAGGAGGAGGCAGGGAUGUUAAAAGGACUACAGCAUCCCAACAUUGUCCGCUUUUACGACUCCUGGGAGGGACCCUCCAAAGGCAGGAAGUGCAUUGUUCUGGUCACUGAACUCAUGACUUCUGGCACACUCAAAACAUAUCUGAAACGGUUCAAGGUGAUGAAAAUCAAAGUGCUACGAAGCUGGUGUAGACAAAUCCUCAAAGGGCUCCACUUCCUCCACACUCGGGCUCCCCCCAUCAUCCACAGGGACCUCAAGUGCGACAAUAUUUUCAUCACAGGCCCAACAGGAUCCGUCAAGAUUGGAGACUUGGGACUGGCUACGCUCAAGCGAGCAUCCUUUGCCAAGAGUGUUAUAGGUACCCCUGAGUUCAUGGCGCCUGAGAUGUAUGAGGAGAAGUACGACGAGUCAGUGGAUGUGUAUGCCUUUGGAAUGUGCAUGCUGGAGAUGGCCACCUCAGAGUACCCUUACUCAGAGUGCCAGAACGCUGCACAGAUCUACCGCAGAGUCACCAGCGGGGUGAAGCCAGGCAGCUUCGACAAGGUGGCCAUUCCUGAAGUGAAGGAGAUCAUCGAGGGAUGUAUCCGCCAGAACAAGGACGAGAGGUACUCGAUCAAAGACCUCCUGAACCACGCCUUCUUCCAGGAGGACACAGGGGUGCGGGUGGAGUUGGCAGAAGAAGACGACGGAGAGAUGGUGGCUAUUAAGCUGUGGCUGCGAAUUGAGGAUGUCAAAAAACUUAAGGGGAAGUACAAAGACAACGAAGCUAUUGAGUUUUCUUUUGACCUCAGCAAAGAUGUCCCUGAGGACGUGGCUCAAGAAAUGGUUGAGUCUGGUUAUGUGUGUGAUGGUGACCACAAGACCAUUGCAAAGGCAAUAAAGGACAGAGUGUCUUUGAUCAGUCGCAAAAGAGCACAACGGCAGCAGGUUCGAGAAGAUCAGGAUAAGAGAAGGCUGGAAGAAGAACAGCAGGGUCCGUUACUUCCAGCACAGCCAGCGGCCCAGCAGCCGGGCCCGGAGGUGCCUCAGUCCCAGCCAGCGACACAGCCCGCUGCUUAUGCUACUCCGCAUCUGUCAACCCAACCUGCAUCUCAGCAGGGCCUUCAGGGCUCCAUCUACAGCACUCCCCAAUCAACCCAACUGGCCGGUAUGGCACAGGGCGUUCCGUACAUCCCUCAGUCAACUGGGCAAGUCCCAGUGGCAGUCCCAGGACAGGCUCAGACUGGGACCACCAUCCUGCCAGAGUCAGAGGAGUCUGAGAUGGACCAGCAACUACAGCACUCUGGAGGAGCCGCCAUUCACAUGGGAGACAAACUACCAGGUUCCAGCAUCCGUCCUGAAGUCCAGCCUCCUCAGCCUGGAAUAUCCUACAUAUCCUCCCCUCCGAGGCAGCACCUCCAGCCCCAAGCUUCACUCCCUCAGACACAAAGUGACCAAAUGCAACAGCAGCAGUUGUCAGCGGUUCAGCUGCAAGGUGUCCAGUCUAAUGUUGGUCCUGUUGCACCCGGCGGACAGCCUGUUCCAGGGACGACUGCACAGUAUGGAGUUUACUACCAACCAACGCUUCCCCCUCAGAAUCCCAACCAGCAGGUGAUGCUGCCUUCAUCCUCACAAUCGUCUCCCCCUCAGCCGGCGCCGCCGCAGCAGCCGGACAGCGGCCCUCUUCUCCAGAGCGGCGCUCCACCACAGGCGCAGACUGGAGCUCAGCAGAUACAGGCCUCAGCGAGCGCUCCUCAGUCAGCGCCAGCGGAGCCGGCGAGAUCGUCUGCGCUAGUGCCUCCGUCUAUAGAGAGCUGCCUGUCGGAUGCCGCCUCAGGUCUCAGUGACGGCAAUGAUGGAGGCUCUACAUCGGGGGGUCGCCACGAGGGGCGCUCCAUGAAACGUCACCAGCGGAGAUCCGUACGCAGCCGCUCCCGCCACGAGAAGUUCGCCAAGGCCAAGCUCAAUGUUCUCAGUAUCUCUAAUGUGGGAGAUCGAGUAGCAGAAUGCCAGCUGGAGACUCAUAACAGGAAGAUGGUGACCUUCAAAUUUGACCUUGAUGGUGAUAAUCCAGAGGAGAUUGCACAGAUCAUGGUGGCGAGUGAAUUCAUCUUGGAAAGUGAACGAGAGUCCUUCAUCGAGCAGGUCCGGGAAGUCAUAGAAAUGGCCGAUGAGAAAGGGCGGGGCACGAAGGACGGUUUUCCCCAGAUGAGUGACCACCAACAACAGCCCCAGCUGUCUGUUCCCAUGCUGCCAGGCAUUUCCCCCAGCACUACGGCGCAGGUGGUGCAUUCAGCAGGCCGAAGGUUCAUCGUCAGCCCAGUGCCCGAGUCUCGUCUUAGAGAGCAGUUCUUUGGCGGUUCUUCUGCUAACACCUCCUUCGGAGAUGAGCCAGGUCUUUCUACGCCACUGGGCCUUUCACUCUCCGCUCCGUCUGGAGUUCUCCAGCAGGCUUUCAGUAGAAUGAAGCAGGCGCGCGUGGAGAGAAGCAGCACCAUCGAUCCCCUUCUUGCCGAGCACGAAGCCAUUGAGGCCGGACUCGCCCCAAACUCGAACACUAUCUUGGCUCCUCCAGAAGCCGCAGCUUCCACUGCUAGCAUUACUUUUCCUGGUGUCACAUCUACGGCAACAUCCUCACCGCCUCCCUCAACUGGGAGGGUUUCCCCUCCACCUGCAUCUAUUCAGUCCCUAACUCCAGCCCCUGUCCCCGGUGAUCCCAGUCCACCUCCGCAGUCGGCCCAUGAAGAGGCCCCUUCACCGCUUCCGCCGGCUGCCAACGUCGCUUCCACCAUUCCUUCCCCGUCAGUGCAGACCUCCGUCCCCGCGGCCCCCGGGCCUCACCCGAGCAGUGGUUCCGUCUCCUGUGUUGUCAGCGUCGAGUCCAGUAGCACCGUCCCCGCUUCAGAGCAGCAGCCUGUGAAUCCGUUCGUCCAUUCAGCACCGCACACAACAACCCAGUCUCAGCCUGCUCUGCCCAGUCAGAGCCAGGUCCAACCCCAGCCGGUGGAGUCGGAGGGGGCGGAGCUCCCGAACAAGACUGGUGGCAGAGACGCCAUCCAGGCUCUGGAUAAGAAGCUACGGUCCCUAUUUAAAGAUCAGAGCUCUACGUCUGCCUCAGUGGAUCAGAACACAGGCACCUCCUCUCCUCCCGCCGGAACCUCUUCUCCUCCACCCGGACUUGCCCUGGUGCCCCCGUCUAACCUCGCCCUCACCACGGGGGCGCCGGCUGUCCCGGGCCCCACAACCACCCCAGGACAGGGUAUUAACCCGCCAGGACAGACGCCUCCUACCAAACCCAGGGCGCAGACUUUACCUACUGGUUUUGACCAAGCUUCUACUCCUCCCUCUGAACAUCUGUCCCCAUUUCCUGGACCAAAUCAGAAACCCCCGGGUCCUUUGGACGCCCAGUUGAGGAGAGCUCUGAGCCCAGAGACGGUUCAGGAAGGUAAUCUAAUCCAGCCUCCAGCCGCAGGUUUCACUCUGGGACGUUUCCAAGUGUCUGUUGCUACUGACCUUGUGUCCAGCUGUGUUAAAGAUCCCACCAGCAUAGUUUCUUCUGCUUCCCUCACGCCGUCUUCUACCUCCUCCUCUUCCUCAUCAUCCUCCUCCUCCCUCUCAAGUCCAGAAAAUACCCUCCACCGGUCAUCCUCCCUGUCCAAAGUAGUCUGUGAGACUGACUCUGGGAAUGGAGCCUUCCCCCUGUCCGCUGCGCCUGCUGGUCGGCCGACCACUAUUGGGCGCUUCCAAGUGUCCAAGAGCACCAACAUGACCUCUGAGCCGACCCCUGGUUCUAAAGUGGGCCGCUUUUCUGUCACAGUGACCUCAGCUCCAGCAGGAGGCUCCAGUCCGCAUGGUUCCAGUAUGCAGAACGGACCCUCCGAUCCUCAUAAUGCACACACCAUUUACAGUAGUGACAACAACGACUCUGAGACCGAGGGCGGGGCUUUGCAGAAAGAAAUCAGCCGUCUUAGAGAAAAGCAUAUGACAGAGAUCCAGACAUUGCAGACUCGUCAGAAAGAGGAGGUAGACGCCCUAUAUUCGAUGAUGGGAAAACCUCCCCCGACUACUGUCUUCUCUCCAGCUAUGGUGAUGGGUGGAAGUCGACGAAGGCAAAAAAGCAAAAGCAAAUCUUCCCGCUGUAGCGGCCAACCCAGUCCCAAACACUCGGGAUCCCCGUCCUCAGCUCAGAAUCUUCAUGGUCUAGCAUCUCCUCCAAAACAAAAUUCCCCCUCAUCAAUAGAGGCCUCAGAAACCGCAGCCGAGGCGUCUCAAACAGCGAGCAGGUCCUGCAUAAAGCAGCUCAGAUCCUCCCCAUCCAUGCCCACCCUCAGUAGCUGCUCCACAGGAUCAAGUGGGACCAGCUCUGCAAAUGGUUCAGGCCACUGCCAGAACCACUCCGCGUCUUUGACCCAGGCAACGGGACCCGCUCCUCCGUCCUCCCACACUCAGAAGGGAAAGGGCACCUUCACUGAUGACCUGCACCUACUGGUGGAUAAUUGGGCCAGGGACGCCAUCGGCCUCGCCCAGGGCAGGAGGGGACCUAAAACUGGAGCUCCAUCACCCCUGGGACAUGAUGUCAUCCCUCCAGCCAACAUGGGCCGGAAAUUCUCAGCGCCCGGCUUCCUCAGCACAACACUCCCCUCGUCUUCUAGCACCACGUCCACGACGUCGACUCAUCUCCCCAACCCAACCAAUCCCUCUGCCCCUCUGGGGCCUCGUAAAGGCUCCCUGGGUCCGGUUGCACCAGGGUUUGCAUAUGCCUCGGCCCCGUACAGUGCUCCUCAGUGGGCGGGACCCACGGGCACGUGCCAGGUCAGCAUGCUCAACUCCACACAGUCGAUAACACAGUACCAGCCACCUACAACAGCCUCAGGCUACCACAUGGGAACCACAGCAGCCCCCCAGAGUUCAGUCAUUCCCGGAGGGUCCAACCUGAAGCCCACGUAGCCCCGUUGUUUUCCUAUUCCCCUCAGACGGAGGACAAAACAGGGCAGACAGUUUAAUAAAAAAGCACUAGCUCUCCUUGCAGUCGGCUGGUAAACUGGCUGCAUGUUGUGUUGCUUUUUUUAUUUUUAUUUCAAUUUUUUUAUUUUUUUUAUUUCCUGUAAUGGAGCUGAGCUAAUGUGGUUCACGUCCUCAGGCAGAACAAAAUCUGUCCGGCAAUUAUAGGCAGAGUGCAAUACCAUCCACAGCACAGAAGUCUCAAACUUAACCGGCCGUGAUGACCAACAAAGAUGUCUUUCGAGAGCAGGCGUCGUCAUUCCCUCUUGAAGAGAAGGUAGGGUGGAUUCUGGUUCCCAUCCUUAAUAUUAAGACUUUAAGCCCUACUGGGACCCAAGGCGGUUAAACUAAAACACCACAUAUAUUCCCACAAACACACACAUACACCUGGAAAAACAAUAGGGGAUGUUGGUAAAGUGAUCUCAGAGAGUGAGGUGGGGGGGACGUGAACAGAAAGUAGGAAAUUAGAGAGGUGCACCUAGUAUGUCCAAGACGGACUAGCAAAGUAUGACUGGUUGAGUUGAAGAAGAAAGACGUUAGGAAGUUAGGGAGGAGUGUAAUGCGUAGGUUUGCAGUAUGAAUACACCCCAUCGCUACCUAUUCAGCAAAAUGCAAUAAUGGCAAAGAGUAGAAAAACUGUCCCUUGUAACUGUGGCCUUAAUCCCCAAACACAUUUAAACAUUGACUUUGUACAUAGAUAUUUCUUCACUGGAUUAUGAUUCCAUGUUUUUGCGUAUUUAUGUCGCUGUGAGUCUGGUGACAUCGUGAUUUGAGUUCUCCGUCCAUCCCGGUUUAUUAUACAGAUUUAUCCUUCACGCCUGGCAUGUAAACCAGUCGAUCUGCCACAUUGUCCUGGUGUUGACCGCCAUUCACAGUGUGCAAUUGUAGAGGUGAUGCUGCUGAAAUCUCAUUCUGUUUGAGGGUUGUUUUAUACUUUCUGUGUUCUGUUUUUGUAUGCGUAUAUUUAAUAAAAACAAAUGUUUCUUUAUGGACCUGUAUUCAGCCAUCAGAUUUUGAUGUUGUUUCACUGUUUAUUAUUAAAGGUGGUUAAACAGGUAGUUAAAUGAAUAUAAAAAGUGCAAUUGCAGGAUUGUCGAUGGUGUCCUACUCACCACGCGGGAGCCAACCUGUUGUUUUAUUAAGCUCCUCUCUCCGACUGCCCGGCCCUCCGUUCUAUUGUACCGUAUCUGUCAAUGUGAGGUAGACGCUUUAACGUAAUGCUCGGCCACUUCAGCGUGAUUGUGGUGUUGUGGUCGGCCGACCAGCAGGUGACUUGCAAACGCACUCUGACCUGUAAACAUGAGGAACACUUUAGUGCCUUGCAUCCUCACUAAUGACAUGUUCCAGAUUCCUCUAGUCCCGUAGCUGCGCCUGUACUUCAGACAACCAGUAGACUAAACGUGGACGAGGCGCAGACACUGAAGAGAGGGGGGGGGGGGGGGGGGGGGGGGCAGCGGCUCGCCGUAUGUGACACUAAAACAAACAAAGAGCACACUGGGUAAUGUGAACGUGCGUCUGUUAUUGCCACAGCUCUGUUUGUGAUGGUUGUGUAUUCAGCUGUGUUUUUAUUUGGUCUCUGUGGAUUUAUCAUUGAACCAUUUUUAUUAUUACGAACCCCAAAGUCAAUGCCUGACCUUAUCAUCACGGGGGGGUGGUGGUAGGUAUCUGUGCAGGGGAUUUGUGCUUGUUCAAGCUGUGAGUGAGCUGUAUAAAGGGUUAAACGUCAUGCUGGCUCACCUUUUAGUUCCACCACCUCACACGAGUGCCGUGCUGUCGUUGUGACUUUCGCCUGCUCGUAGAUUGGAUGAAUAGUUAAAAGUUCUCUAGAGAAAAAAUAAGUUACUGCAAUGCAGAAUAUGCAAUGUUUGAAGGGGCGGAGGGGUAAUUGAAACAUCUGCAUGCUGAUGAGGGUUAUUGCGGACUUCAAUGUUUUUGAUAUUGUUAGAUAUCCUUUUUCUUCUUUGCCUUCCUGAAAGUGAUCAAAACGCGUUGAUCUGUUCAAAUGUUAUUCACUAAUAUCAGACUAUCAGGAUAUGGUUUCUGCAUGCUAGCUUCACACGUGUUUAAUCUUACAACCGACUCACGACUGGCCACUGUACAACACAAGGUCACGACAAAGCUCUUUAAAGGUCCAUAUGCUACGAGGCGAUCAUCCGUAAUAUCACAGACCUCUACACUUCUGUUUGAGGCUACUGACACGCAACCGUAUCUGUUCAGCUCUUUAUUUCUGAUCCCUCCUUACUGACCUGUGAUUCAGUGUCUGUUUUGUGUAUGUUUUUCACAUUGUACAAAAUGUAAAAACAAAUAAAAAUAAUAUCAAUUAAAA